AGCUUUGCCCACUUUCUUGUUACUCAUUUUGGUUCCUUAAGAGAAGAGCGAUACUUGUUUAUGCUUUUAUCUUUCGUGAGACAGACCGACGAAACAGAGAGCAAUAAGCCAAACAACCCACGAGGAGAAUCCAACAUUAAUCCAGCUUCAAAACUCGUGAUUAGGCAUUCCUCUCGUGUUGGAUCUCGGAUUCGACGACAGAGAUGGUGGGUGAUGCUCAAAGCAAUUCACUGAUGAAUGUGAGCAGUGAUGUGAAUGCAUCAAGGAAGUUGUUUAGACAGAAAGAUGCACAACGUUUCUCGCUUUUAUGCAGCGGCAAAUGGUUACAGAUUGUUAGAGGCAGUCCCAAAGUAUCAUGUGAGGUCGUCUCUACUUCUCCAAGUCAUUUUUCAAGCAAAGUUGGAGAAAACUACGAGGCUGAAUCCGAGAAGUUGCAUAAAAAGGUAAUCAUCCCCUUAUCAAGCAAAGCGUCGUUCUUGUCAAACUACUCUCAGGGAAACCUUCAGUUCACUAUGGGAGCCAAUGGUACGCCUCAUUUUGUUUUCAAUUUGGAGAAUCAGAAAGAUGUUUAUGUGGCAAACUAUGUGGAAGACCUAAGUGUUUAUAUGAUCUAUCUCCAAAGAGGAGUGUCAUCAUCCUCACCAAAUCUAGUUGGUAGAAUUAAAGUAUCCACUUUGUCUUCAGAGAGAGGCAUAGAGAGAGAGUUUGUUUUGUUUAGUAGCAAUGAUCAGAUACUUAGUAGGGGGGAAAACAGAGGAUUGCCUAAUGUCAACAAGAAAAUUAGAGGUAUCUCAAGAUUGAGCAGAACAAGCUUUAUACCUGAUUUGUGUUCUUGGGACCAGCCAUUCGAAGAAGAACCUAGCUUUGAUGUUGAGCAAGUUAAUCUUUUCGAAAACAACCUUCCAGCAAAUCUUGAAACAUUAGCUGUUGUUGUGAAACAAGAGAGAGUCAGAGAAGAAAGUGGAGGUUGGGGAUUGAACUUCUUGAAGAAAUCGCCGUUAGUCCAAUCUAAUGAUGCCAUUGAGACUGAAACUUCAUCAUCUGUCACAAGUAUGGAUGUUGUAAUUCCUUCAGGUAUACAUGGAGGACCUGAAGAUGGACCUUUGAGUUUGAUAGAGAGAUGGAAAUCUCAAGGAAACUGUGACUGUGGAGGAUGGGACUUAGGUUGUUCCUUAACACAUCUUAAUUGCCAACCACGGAAAGACCAAUUCGAGCUUUUCAUAGAGCAAGAAACAAUUGGAUUACAGAUGGUCAAUGUUCGCGGAGGUGUCUACUUCGUUCAGUUCGAAGCAAAUCUAUCCAUGUUGCAAUCAUUUUCAAUUGCUUUGGCAUUCAUACAUAGCCAGAAGCACCGACCAAAGAUUAUAAUAUAAACAGUAUCCUUAUAUCAGUUUAGC